AUCUUUGCUUAGCUUUGAUGCGGCAUAAGUACGUUGAUAAACGUUUUAAAAAUUAAUACAACGCAUUAUGUUAUUCGUUUAACUACAAAACUAGGACAGAAAAGACUAAAAUGUCUAUACCGCCUUAUCUCCUUGGGCCCAACCCCUGGCUGAUGGCCCAGCAGCAAAUUGCGGCCGCACAUGCACAAGCACAGGCUGUUGCUGCCCAAGCCCAUGCCCAAGCUCUUCAACAGCAGAUGCCUCCACCUCAUCCAAAAUCAGAUGUAGUUACAGAGGAUAAGUUGCAAGAAAAAGCACAAAAAUGGCAUCAACUUCAAUCAAAACGGUUUGCCGACAAGAGGAAGCUUGGCUUUGUAGAAGCACAGAAAGAGGAUAUGCCACCUGAGCAUAUCAGAAAGAUUAUUAGGGACCAUGGUGACAUGAGCAGCAGAAAAUAUAGACAUGAUAAAAGAGUAUAUUUGGGAGCAUUGAAAUAUAUGCCCCAUGCUGUAAUGAAGUUAUUAGAAAACAUGCCCAUGCCUUGGGAACAAAUAAGAGAUGUCAAAGUUCUGUAUCAUAUCACAGGAGCUAUCACUUUUGUAAAUGAAAUUCCUUGGGUUGUGGAGCCAAUUUACAUUGCACAAUGGGGUACUAUGUGGAUCAUGAUGAGAAGAGAAAAACGUGAUCGUAGACAUUUUAAAAGAAUGAGAUUCCCUCCAUUUGAUGAUGAGGAACCUCCAUUAGAUUAUGCUGAUAACGUUUUGGAUGUUGAACCUCUGGAAGCCAUACAAAUUGAACUGGAUGCUGAGGAAGAUUCAGCUAUUGCAAAGUGGUUUUAUGAUCACAAGCCUUUGGUUGGUUCAAAAUAUGUCAAUGGACCCACAUAUAGAAAAUGGAACUUAUCUUUACCCAUGAUGGCAACCUUAUAUCGUCUAGCCAAUCAGCUACUGACUGAUCUGGUUGACAAUAAUUAUUUUUAUUUGUUUGACACCAAAAGCUUCUUCACAGCUAAAGCAUUAAACAUGGCUAUUCCCGGUGGUCCGAAAUUUGAACCACUGAUAAAGGAUAUGAAUCCAGCCGAUGAAGACUGGAACGAAUUCAACGACAUUAAUAAAAUUAUAAUUCGCCAGCCAAUAAGGACAGAAUAUAGGAUAGCGUUCCCGUAUUUGUACAACAACAUGCCACAUUUUGUUCAUCUGUCUUGGUAUCAUGCUCCUAAUGUUGUUUAUAUUAAGACCGAAGAUCCUGACUUGCCGGCCUUUUACUUCGAUCCGUUAAUCAAUCCAAUAUCGCAUAGACAUGCCGUAAAAAGUUUGGAACCUCUCCCAGAGGAUGAUGAGGAGUACAUCCUUCCAGAGUCUGUUCAGCCAUUUUUACAAGAAACUCCCUUAUAUACAGAUAAUACCGCCAAUGGUAUUGCCCUUCUGUGGGCUCCCAGACCAUUCAAUCUUCGUUCAGGCAGAUGUAGGAGAGCCAUAGACGUACCUUUGGUUAAGACCUGGUAUAUGGAACAUUGUCCACCUGGGCAACCAGUGAAGGUCCGUGUCAGUUACCAGAAGUUGCUGAAGUACUAUGUCUUGAAUGCCUUAAAACACAGGCAUCCCAAGCCUCAGAAGAAGCGCUACUUGUUUAGAUCAUUCAAAUCUACAAAGUUCUUCCAAACCACAACACUUGAUUGGGUGGAAGCUGGACUACAAGUUUGUAGACAAGGUUACAAUAUGUUGAAUCUGUUGAUUCACAGAAAAAAUUUGAAUUACCUUCACUUGGAUUAUAAUUUCAACUUGAAACCAGUCAAGACUUUAACCACCAAGGAGAGAAAGAAGUCUCGUUUCGGAAAUGCUUUUCACUUGUGUCGUGAAAUUUUGCGUCUAACAAAGUUAAUAAUCGAUUCCCAUGUGCAGUAUCGUUUAAACAACGUGGACGCAUUCCAACUCUCUGAUGGUUUGCAGUAUAUUUUUGCUCAUGUUGGUCAACUGACUGGAAUGUACAGAUACAAAUAUAAACUUAUGAGACAAAUUCGUAUGUGCAAAGAUUUGAAACAUCUUGUGUAUUACCGUUUCAACACUGGACCUGUUGGUAAAGGUCCAGGUUGUGGCUUCUGGGCCCCAGGAUGGAGGGUGUGGCUGUUCUUUAUGAGAGGAAUCACGCCUCUUCUGGAACGUUGGCUUGGCAAUUUGCUUUCUCGUCAAUUCGAAGGUCGUCACUCGAAAGGAGUUGCUAAAACCGUUACUAAGCAAAGAGUAGAGUCGCACUUUGAUCUUGAAUUGAGAGCUUCGGUAAUGCACGACAUUGUGGAUAUGAUGCCUGAAGGUAUUAAGCAAAACAAAGCUAGAACCAUUUUGCAACACUUGUCAGAAGCUUGGAGAUGUUGGAAGGCCAACAUUCCUUGGAAGGUACCUGGCUUACCUAUUCCCAUUGAAAAUAUGAUUUUACGUUAUGUUAAAAUGAAAGCCGAUUGGUGGACUAACACCGCCCAUUACAACAGAGAAAGAAUAAGAAGGGGAGCCACUGUUGAUAAAACCGUGUGUAAGAAAAAUCUGGGACGACUUACAAGAUUGUAUCUCAAAGCUGAACAAGAACGCCAACACAACUACCUAAAGGAUGGACCAUAUAUUUCUCCUGAAGAAGCUGUGGCAAUCUAUACCACUACAGUGCAUUGGUUAGAAUCAAGGAGAUUUGCACCAAUUCCUUUCCCUCCCCUAUCAUACAAGCACGACACAAAACUGCUGAUUUUGGCUCUUGAAAGACUAAAGGAAGCCUACAGUGUAAAGUCUAGGCUGAAUCAAAGCCAAAGAGAAGAGUUGGGUUUGAUUGAGCAGGCCUAUGACAAUCCUCACGAGGCAUUGUCCAGAAUUAAGCGUCAUUUGCUGACUCAGAGGGCGUUUAAGGAAGUCGGUAUUGAGUUCAUGGAUUUAUACAGCCAUCUUAUCCCAGUAUAUGACGUAGAACCGCUAGAAAAAAUAACAGACGCAUAUUUAGAUCAAUAUUUGUGGUAUGAAGCUGACAAAAGAAGACUUUUCCCACCAUGGAUUAAACCUGCAGAUACGGAACCACCACCAUUACUUGUAUACAAGUGGUGUCAGGGAAUUAACAAUCUUCAGGACGUUUGGGACGUCAACGAGGGCGAAUGCAACGUUCUUCUGGAAUCUAAAUUUGAAAAAUUGUACGAAAAAAUCGAUUUGACUCUGCUGAACAGAUUGUUACGUCUAAUCGUCGAUCACAACAUCGCUGAUUACAUGACGGCCAAGAACAACGUGGUGAUCAAUUACAAGGACAUGAACCACACAAACAGUUACGGCAUUAUAAGAGGCUUACAAUUUGCCUCGUUCAUUAGCCAAUAUUAUGGAUUAGUAUUGGACCUGUUGGUGCUGGGUCUGCAAAGAGCCAGUGAAAUGGCUGGACCUCCUCAAAUGCCCAACGAUUUCUUGACGUUCCAAGAUGUCGCCACAGAAACAUGCCAUCCGAUUAGAUUAUACUGUCGAUAUGUUGAUAAAAUACACAUGUUCUUCAGAUUUUCGGCUGAGGAAGCUAAAGAUUUAAUCCAGAGAUACCUGACAGAACAUCCUGAUCCCAACAAUGAAAAUAUUGUGGGGUACAAUAACAAGAAGUGCUGGCCCAGAGAUGCGAGAAUGCGUCUUAUGAAACAUGAUGUAAAUCUUGGUAGGGCUGUAUUCUGGGACAUCAAAAAUCGUCUCCCAAGAUCAGUGACUACUAUUCAAUGGGAAAACAGCUUUGUCAGUGUCUAUUCUAAAGAUAAUCCUAAUCUCUUGUUUAAUAUGUCAGGAUUUGAAUGUAGAAUUCUGCCAAAAUGUCGCACUCAACACGAUGAAUUCACCCAUAGGGAUGGAGUUUGGAAUUUGCAGCAUGAAGGUAGCAAAGAAAGGACUGCUCAGUGCUUCUUGAGGGUUGAUGAUGAGUCAAUGUCCAGAUUCCAUAACAGAGUACGUCAAAUUUUGAUGGCCUCUGGUUCCACCACGUUUACCAAGAUCGUUAACAAAUGGAAUACCGCCCUUAUUGGUCUGAUGACCUACUUCAGAGAAGCAGUUGUUAACACCCAAGAAUUGUUAGAUCUGCUCGUAAAAUGCGAAAACAAAAUUCAAACCCGUAUUAAGAUCGGUUUGAACUCGAAAAUGCCCAGCAGAUUUCCACCUGUUGUGUUUUACACACCCAAAGAAUUGGGUGGAUUGGGUAUGCUGUCGAUGGGUCACGUGUUAAUCCCACAAUCCGACUUGCGGUGGUCAAAACAGACGGACGUGGGCAUUACCCAUUUCAGAUCUGGUAUGAGCCACGACGAAGAUCAGCUCAUUCCCAAUUUAUACAGAUACAUCCAACCGUGGGAAUCGGAGUUCAUUGACUCGCAGAGAGUAUGGGCAGAAUAUGCUCUCAAACGACAAGAAGCCAACGCUCAAAAUAGAAGACUGACUUUAGAAGAUUUGGAAGAUUCUUGGGACAGAGGUAUUCCGAGGAUCAAUACGUUGUUCCAAAAGGACAGGCACACAUUGGCGUACGACAAAGGCUGGAGGAUCAGAACUGAAUUCAAACAGUAUCAAGUACUUAAGCAGAAUCCCUUCUGGUGGACUCACCAGAGACAUGACGGUAAACUGUGGAACUUGAACAACUACAGAACAGACAUGAUUCAAGCUUUGGGGGGUGUCGAAGGCAUUUUGGAACACACCCUGUUUAAGGGAACAUAUUUCCCCACAUGGGAAGGUCUUUUCUGGGAAAAAGCUUCUGGCUUUGAAGAAUCGAUGAAAUACAAGAAGCUAACCAACGCCCAGCGUUCCGGUUUGAAUCAGAUUCCUAACCGUCGUUUUACCCUAUGGUGGUCCCCAACAAUCAACAGAGCCAACGUCUAUGUUGGUUUCCAGGUGCAACUGGAUUUGACUGGUAUUUUCAUGCACGGUAAAAUUCCCACGCUGAAGAUCUCCCUCAUCCAAAUAUUCAGAGCUCACUUGUGGCAAAAGGUACACGAGUCUAUUGUUAUGGAUUUGUGUCAGGUGUUUGAUCAAGAACUGGACGCACUGGAAAUCGAGACGGUGCAAAAAGAAACUAUUCAUCCUAGGAAAUCAUACAAAAUGAAUUCGUCUUGCGCCGAUAUACUUCUGUUCUCUGCAUAUAAGUGGAAUGUGUCAAGACCUUCCUUGUUGGCAGACACAAAGGAUACAAUGGAUAAUACUACAACCCAAAAAUAUUGGAUUGAUGUUCAACUCAGAUGGGGUGACUACGAUUCACACGACGUAGAACGUUAUGCUAGGGCCAAAUUCUUGGAUUACACAACAGAUAACAUGUCUAUAUACCCAUCACCAACAGGGGUGCUGAUUGCCAUUGAUUUGGCAUAUAAUUUGCACAGUGCUUACGGUAAUUGGUUCCCAGGAUGUAAACCAUUGAUCCAACAGGCCAUGGCCAAAAUUAUGAAGGCGAAUCCAGCCUUGUAUGUGUUACGUGAACGUAUUCGAAAGGCCUUGCAGUUGUAUUCCAGUGAACCUACAGAACCUUAUCUUUCGAGUCAGAAUUACGGAGAAUUGUUCUCGAAUCAAAUCAUUUGGUUUGUUGAUGACACCAACGUCUAUCGUGUAACAAUUCACAAAACUUUCGAAGGAAAUUUAACAACCAAGCCCAUUAACGGCGCAAUCUUUAUCUUUAACCCACGUACUGGACAGCUCUUCUUGAAGAUCAUUCAUACGUCAGUAUGGGCUGGUCAGAAACGUUUGGGACAAUUAGCCAAAUGGAAAACAGCCGAAGAAGUUGCUGCCUUGAUUAGAUCACUACCUGUUGAAGAACAGCCCAAGCAGAUUAUUGUGACAAGAAAGGGCAUGUUGGAUCCUUUGGAGGUGCAUCUUUUGGACUUCCCCAAUAUCGUCAUCAAAGGAUCCGAGUUGCAACUGCCGUUCCAAGCUUGUCUGAAAAUCGAGAAGUUUGGCGAUUUGAUAUUGAAAGCUACUGAACCUCAAAUGGUGCUUUUCAAUCUCUAUGACGAUUGGCUGAAGACGAUUUCUUCAUACACUGCAUUCUCCAGAUUGAUUUUGAUUUUAAGAGCUCUGCAUGUGAAUACCGAAAGGACCAAAGUAAUUUUAAAACCGGACAAGACCACCAUUACUGAGCCACACCAUAUUUGGCCCACUUUAUCUGAUGAUGAAUGGAUUAAAGUUGAAGUCCAACUUAAGGAUUUAAUUUUGGCCGAUUAUGGAAAGAAAAAUAACGUCAAUGUGGCCUCACUUACACAGUCGGAAAUUCGAGAUAUCAUUCUUGGUAUGGAAAUCAGCGCACCCUCUGCCCAAAGACAACAAAUCGCCGAAAUCGAGAAGCAAACCAAGGAACAGUCGCAACUUACGGCAACAACUACAAAGACAGUUAAUAAGCACGGUGACGAAAUUAUUACGAGCACGACCAGUAAUUACGAAACUCAAACGUUCAGUUCUAAAACUGAAUGGAGAGUUAGAGCUAUUUCGGCCACCAACUUACAUUUACGUACCAAUCACAUUUAUGUGAGCUCCGACGACAUUAAGGAAACCGGUUACACCUACAUUUUACCGAAGAAUGUCCUCAAGAAGUUUGUUACCAUCUCGGACCUUCGUGCACAAAUUUGCGCAUUCCUCUACGGCGUCAGCCCUCCAGACAAUCCUCAAGUUAAGGAAUUGCGCUGCUUGGUGCUGCCACCUCAGUGGGGCACUCACCAGACAGUGCACAUACCAAACACACCACCAAAUCAUCCGUUCUUGAAGGACAUGGAGCCCCUGGGUUGGAUUCAUACUCAACCCAAUGAAUUACCCCAACUUUCCCCUCAGGAUAUUACCACACACGCCAAGCUGAUGUCUGACAAUCCCACAUGGGAUGGCGAAAAGACGGUUAUUAUCACUUGUUCGUUCACUCCGGGAUCAUGUUCCCUGACGGCGUACAAGUUGACCCCUUCAGGUUUUGAGUGGGGCCGACAAAAUACUGACAAAGGAAACAAUCCAAAGGGAUAUUUGCCCAGCCAUUAUGAAAAGGUUCAGAUGUUGCUGUCGGACAGAUUCCUGGGAUUCUUUAUGGUGCCGUCGCAAGGAUCAUGGAAUUACAAUUUCAUGGGUGUACGUCACGAUCCAAGUAUGAAGUACGAAUUACAAUUAGCUAAUCCUAAGGAGUUUUAUCAUGAAGUUCACAGACCAGCUCAUUUCUUAAAUUUCUCCUCAUUAGAAGAUGGUGAUGGGGCUGGAGCUGAUCGUGAAGAUGCUUUUGCUUAGUUUAGAUUUAGUUUUUUUAGAUAUACAGGUGUAAAUAUAAUUUGUAAUAAAACAACAAUUUUAAUAAUAUAGUAUUGUAUUUACCUA